GUCAUAGUAUACUCAAUAGCACUCAACAACAAUUGUGCAGUCAUUUUGUGUUUACAUUGAAAAUAAAUUGUUAUAUCAAAAUAAUUUUUAUAAAUAAAAUUACUUAUUUGUUGUAAUUUAUUAUAAUUACAUUAAUAAAUUCAAAUGCCUAUCAAGAAGGUAAUUAUUUUUGGUGCCACUGGUAUGACAGGCAUUCCCACUGUCCAGCAUGCGCUUAGUAAAGGCUAUGAAGUGACAGCUUUUGUAAGGGACAGCACUAAACUGCCGGCCGAUGUCCGGCCCACACAUGUAGUGGUGGGCGAUGUGACGAAUCGGGCGGACGUCGACCGGGCAGUGGAGGGUAAAGAGGCUGUGAUUGUGGUGUUGGGCACCCGUAACGAUCUGAGCCCCACGACAGCCCUGUCCGACGGCACCCGUAAUAUCAUCGCCGCUAUGGCCGCACACAAUGUGCAGCGCAUCGCGUGUUGCCUGUCCUCGUUUAUAUUCUGGGACCGCAACAAAAUACCCGAACGCAUACUACCCGUGCAUUCAGACCACGAGCGUAUGCUGGAGGCCCUGCGCGGCUCAAACCGCCAGUGGGUAGCCGUGUGUCCGCCACAUAUUGAGGACAGCCCAGCACGUGGUAACUAUAUCCUGAAAAAUGAUGGCCCUGUCGGGCGCAGUAUCACCAAGGGCGAUUUGGCACACGUAUUGGUCGACGCGUUGACUGAUGACACUCGUGUGGGUCAUUUGGUGGGCAUGGGUUACCCGUAA